UCACGCUGACGCUGAUUCUUCUUCUUCAUCUCGUCGCGCCGCGCAAUUUUUUCAUCCGGCGGAAUUUGCAAAUGCAAUUUUAAUUUAAAAGCGCAGUUUAAUACGUGCGGUACCGCAAUUAUUUUCAUAGAGUCGACAGCAAAAUGUCGAGCUUUGUGCUGGACAAGGAGGCGUUUGUACGCCGCGUAAAGCGCCUAUACACGGAAUGGAAGGCACCCAGCAUCGGACACGAUGAUGCCCUCAGCAAUCUGGACUGCAUUAUGAGCGUCGUCGGUGUCGAGGAGGAUGUGCUUUACUCUAAGUCCAUGGCACUGCAGCUCUGGCUUCUGGGCUACGAGCUGACGGACACCAUCUCCGUGUUUGCCUCAGAUGCCAUAUACUUCCUCACCAGCAAAAAGAAAAUAGAGUUUCUGAAACAAACACAAAACAUUACGGAAGAGGGAUUUCCGGAGGUUAAGCUCCUAGUGAGGGAUCGGACGGACAAAGAUCAGGGAAACUUUGAGAAACUCAUCAAAGCACUGCAAAACUCCAAAAAGGGCAAACGACUGGGCGUCUUUACCAAGGAUGCAUAUCCUGGAGAAUUCAGCGAGGCCUGGAAAAAAUCCCUAACGGCCUCCAAGUUUGAACAUGUAGACAUCAGCACUAUAAUAGCCUACCUUAUGUGCCCCAAAGAUGAGUCGGAGAUCAACAAUAUCCGCAAGGCAUCGCUAGUGUCCAUGGAAAUUUUCAACAAGUAUUUGAAAGAUGAGAUAAUGGAUAUUAUCGAUUCGGAUAGGAAAGUCAAGCACAACAAGCUCUCUGAUGGCUGCGAGUCGGCCAUCGGUGAGAAGAAGUACACCAGUGGUCUGGAUCCUAGACUUCUCGACAUGGCCUAUCCACCGAUCAUUCAAUCGGGAGGAGCUUACAGUCUGAAGUUUUCCGCUGUGGCGGAUAAGAAUCCUCUACAUUUCGGCGUGAUCGUUUGCUCUCUGGGAGCCCGAUAUAAGUCGUACUGCUCAAAUAUUUCUCGAACCUUCCUGGUUAAUCCCACCGAAGCUAUGCAGGAGAACUACACAUUUUUGGUGAGUGUGCAGGAGGAGAUCCUCAAGCUACUGGUACCGGGCACCAAAUUGUGCGAGGUCUACGAAAAGACGCUUGACUACGUCAAGAAGGAGAAACCCAGUAUGGUGGAUAACUUGCCCAAGAGCUUCGGCUUCGCUAUGGGAUUGGAAUUCCGGGAGAACUCCAUUGUCAUUGGGCCCAAAUGCCAGGCUUUACUUAAGAAAAAUAUGGUCUUUAAUCUUCAUGUGGGCAUCUCGAAUUUGACCAAUCCCGAUGCCACCGACAAAGAGGGUAAAAACUAUGCUCUCUUUAUUGGGGACACUGUCCUUGUUGGCGAGCAAUCCCCAGCCACUUUGAUGACUCCGUCCAAGAAGAAGAUAAAGAACGUAGGCAUCUUCAUCAAGGACGACAGUGACGAAGAGGAUGUAGAUGACAAAAAGACCACCAAGGAAGAUCAAGGAACCGAGAUUCUGGGGCGAAGCAAGCGGAAUGCGGUGCUAGAGUCGAAGCUUCGAAACGAGAUCAACACGGAGGAGAAGCGCAAGGAGCACCAGCGCGAGCUGGCCCAACAGCUGAACGAGCGGGCUAAAGAUCGUCUGGCCAAGCAGGGUAAUUCCAAGGAGGUGGAGAAAGUCCGCAAGAAUACAGUCUCCUACAAGUCUAUUAGCCAAAUGCCACGCGAGCCAGAGGUCAAGGACCUAAAACUUUACGUGGACAAGAAGUAUGAGACCGUCAUUAUGCCUGUAUUCGGUAUCCAGGUGCCGUUCCACAUAUCGACCAUUAAGAACAUCUCGCAGUCGGUGGAAGGCGAGUACACGUACUUGCGAAUCAACUUCUUCCAUCCCGGUGCCACGAUGGGUCGCAACGAAGGUGGACUAUAUCCUCAGCCAGAGGCCACGUUCGUCAAAGAAGUCACCUACCGCAGCUCCAAUGUCAAAGAACACGGUGAAGUUGGCGCUCCAUCUGCGAAUCUGAACAACGCCUUCCGAUUGAUCAAGGAGGUGCAGAAGCGAUUCAAGACCCGCGAGGCAGAGGAGCGCGAAAAAGAGGAUCUUGUGAAGCAGGACACCCUAAUUUUGUCCCAGAACAAGGGCAAUCCCAAGCUGAAGGAUCUUUACAUUCGGCCCAACAUAGUGACCAAACGCAUGACGGGCAGUCUGGAGGCACACACUAACGGAUUCCGCUACAUCUCCGUACGCGGCGACAAAGUGGACAUCCUGUACAACAACAUCAAGAGCGCAUUUUUCCAGCCCUGUGACGGCGAAAUGAUUAUCCUUCUGCAUUUCCAUUUGAAGUACGCCAUCAUGUUUGGUAAGAAGAAACAUGUGGACGUUCAGUUCUAUACGGAGGUAGGAGAGAUCACCACGGAUCUGGGCAAGCACCAGCACAUGCACGACCGCGACGAUUUGGCUGCUGAGCAGGCAGAACGAGAGCUGCGCCACAAGCUAAAAACGGCCUUUAAGAGUUUCUGCGAGAAGGUGGAAACUAUGACUAAAUCGGUGGUGGAGUUCGACACACCGUUCCGUGAGUUGGGCUUCCCCGGAGCACCCUUCCGCAGCACGGUGACGCUGCAACCCACCUCGGGCUCCCUGGUCAAUCUCACCGAAUGGCCGCCAUUCGUGAUCACACUGGACGACGUGGAACUGGUACACUUUGAGCGCGUACAGUUCCAUUUGCGCAAUUUCGACAUGAUAUUUGUGUUCAAGGAGUACAACAAAAAGGUGGCCAUGGUGAACGCCAUUCCCAUGAACAUGCUGGAUCACGUCAAGGAAUGGCUCAACUCCUGUGACAUUCGUUAUUCGGAGGGUGUACAGUCUCUAAACUGGCAAAAGAUCAUGAAGACCAUCACAGACGAUCCUGAGGGAUUCUUCGAUCAAGGCGGCUGGACUUUCUUGGACCCCGAAUCGGGCAGUGAAGGCGAGAACGAAACCGCCGAGUCCGAGGAGGAUGAGGCCUACAAUCCCACAGAUGCUGAAUCAGAUGAUGAGUCGGACGAAGAUUCCGAGUACUCAGAGGCAUCAGAAGACAGCGAAGAAAGCGAUGAGGACCUUGGCUCUGAUGAGGAAUCCGGAAAGGACUGGUCCGAUCUGGAGCGCGAGGCUGCCGAAGAAGACCGCAACCAUGAUUAUGCCACCGACGACAAACCACGCAACGGGAAAUUCGAGUCCAAGAAGCACGGCAAAAGUUCCAAGCACAGUCGCCGCGACCGUGAGGAGGCUCGAUCGUCGUCGCACAGUAAAAAGCAUAAGUCGAACUCUUCCUCCUCCUCUUCGCAUUUAAAAUCCUCCAGCUCCAAACAUGCCAGCUCAUCUAGCCCAUCGAAAUCGUCCAAGGACAAGUACCACAGCCGGGACAAGCAUCAUUCCUCCUCGUCGUCUGGACACAAGAGCAGCAGCAAGGACAAGGAUCGCAAGCGCUCGCGGGACGACAGCCGCGACAACGGUCACAAGUCGAAGAAGUCGCGUCAUUGAAGAGAGUUGUUUCAAGUCUUUGAGCCACUCCGUUCGUAAUUUAACUUUCCUGUUAUCAUUGUCUAUCUGUUAAAAGACCCGCCCUCUCCGAUCCCGAACCACUCAUUUUUUCACGCUUCAAAAGUUGUAUUACAAAUUAAAUAUAAUACGAUACAUUUAUGUAAUAAACUAA